GGGGAGAGCAUCACGAAGCAGGUAGACACCCUGGACGCCACGAAAUCCCCCAGGAGCGGGCAGUCACGCCGCAAAACGUCCAGGAGCAUGAGCGUGACUGCAGCCAUGGAGAGCAGCUGCGAGCUGGACCUGGUGUACAUCACGGAGCGGAUCAUCGCCGUCUCCUACCCCAGCACGGCCGAGGAGCACAACUUCCGCAGCAACCUCCGCGAGGUGGCCCACAUGCUGAGAUCCAAGCACGGGGACAGCUACGUGCUUUUCAAUCUCUCCGAGCGGAGACAUGACAUCAACAAACUUCACCCGAAGGUGCUGGAUUUCGGGUGGCCAGACCUGCAUACUCCUGCGCUGGAGAAAAUCUGCAGUAUUUGCAAAGCCAUGGACACGUGGCUCAACGCGGCGGCUCACAACGUGGUGGUGCUGCACAACAAGGGGAACCGCGGACGGCUGGGGGUGGUCGUGGCUGCCUACAUGCACUACAGCAACAUAUCGGCCAGUGCGGACCAGGCUCUGGACAGGUUUGCCAUGAAGCGCUUCUACGAGGACAAAGUGGUGCCGGUGGGACAGCCCUCGCAGAAGAGGUACAUCCAUUACUUCAGCGGCCUCCUGUCUGGCACUAUCAAGAUGAACAACAAACCUCUCUUCCUCCACCAUGUCAUCAUGCACGGCAUCCCCAACUUCGAGUCGAAAGGCGGUUGUCGGCCCUUCCUGAAAAUCUACCAGGCCAUGCAGCCCGUCUACACCUCGGGGAUCUACAAUGUGCAAGGAGACAGCCAGACGGGCAUCUGCAUCACCAUUGAGCCCGGCCUACUCCUCAAGGGUGAUAUCUUGCUGAAAUGCUACCACAAGAAGUUUCGCAGUCCGACCCGCGACGUGAUUUUCCGUGUGCAGUUCCACACAUGCGCUGUGCACGACCUUGACAUCGUCUUUGGCAAGGAGGAUCUGGAUGAAGCAUUUAGAGAUGACCGCUUCCCUGAGUACGGGAAGGUGGAGUUUGUGUUCUCCUACGGCCCUGAGAAGAUCCAAGGCAUGGAGCACCUGGAGAAUGGGCCCAGUGUCUCUGUGGACUACAACACAUCUGACCCGCUCAUCCGGUGGGAUUCCUAUGAGAACUUCAACAUCCAGCGUGAGGACAGCGUGGAGGAGGUUGUUGGGCACACGCAAGGGCCCCUGGAUGGGAGCCUCUACGCUAAGGUGAAGAAGAAAGACUCCCUCCACGGCAGCACCAGCGCUGUCAACACCAGCCGCCUCCCGCUUUCAGCUACCCCGAACCACGUCGAGCACACGCUCUCGGUGAGCAGCGACUCAGGCAACUCCACUGCCUCCACUAAGACCGACAGGACCGAUGAGCCGGGGGUGCCUGGGGCGCCCAGUGGCCACACAGUGCUGAGCCCUGAGGAGAAGCGUGAGCUCGACCGUCUCCUGGUUGGCUUCGGCUUGGAGAGCGCGGCGCCCAUGCACAACCACGUGCAGGGCCCUGUGCCUGCUCGCCUGCCUGCUAUGCCGGGCCGCCACGUAGUGCCGGCUCAGGUGCAUGUCAAUGGGAACGCUGCGCCGUUGGUGACCGAGCGGGAGACAGACAUCUUAGAUGAUGAGCUGCCCAACCAGGACGGGCACAGCGUGGGCAGCCUGGGCACACUCUCCUCCUUGGAUGGCACCACCACCACCAGUGAGGCUGGGUACCAUGAGGCACCCCGUGUGGGGAGCCUCUCGUCCCUGCCCAAUGGCCCUUCAAGCUACAACGGCACCGAGAAGUUGCUCAAAGAGGGGCUCUAUGACACGGAGCCGCUCUCCAAUGGUGGCUACCCCUACAACAACCAGAACACACUGAUGGGUCAUCACCUCCGGGACCCGCUGGCUCAUCUGCGGCCUUCAGCGUCUGCUCAGGAGAGCCUGGCCAGCUAUCCGCAGAGGCAGCCAGGCUCCCCUGCCUCAGUCUGGCUCCAGCCCCAGCCACUGGCCAGCGUCCAGCCCUACUUGUACAGCUACGACCCUCCUGGUGCCUAUCGCUCCCAGUCCUUCCCGGCGGUGGAGAUGGCCAAGUACGAGACAAACCCCACGCUGCCCCAGGCUCCAGCUCGCAGCACCAGCAGCCGGGAGGCCGUGCAGAGGGGCUUGAAUUCCUGGCAGCAGCAAGGUGGGAGUCGGCCACCUUCCCGGCAGCAGGACGGUGGCUUGGAGAGCCACAGCCCCAGUGUGUCCAGCUGCAGCCCCCAGCCUAGCCCGCUGCAGCUCGUGCCCCCGCACAGCCACAGCAUGCCUGAGUUCCCCCGAGCGCCCUCCCGCCGGGAGAUUGAGCAGUCCAUUGAAGCACUUGAUGUCCUCAUGCUCGACCUUGCUCCCACCGUGCACAAGUCGCAAAGUGUGCCUGUGGCCUCCCGCGAGGACAAGCCGGGGCCCCUGGUCUCCUCGCUGUCAGCCCAGCCUGUCUCGGGCCUCUAUGCCCAGCCAGCUCUGCAGGUGGCCCAGCCAAGGUCCUUCAGCACCUCCUUGGGUCCCACGGUCUCUGAACCUGUGCCCAAAGCCUAUUCUCCCGGCCCUCUGGCUCCCGUGGGUCGAGGCACUGGGGAGCCAGACUAUGCAGUGCAGGAUUACCGAGAAGCCUAUUCGCCCUACGGCUACCAGCCGCCUCCGGUGCCAGAGCCGAGGAGUUACAGCCAUGCCCCAGCCAGUGCCCCAGUGAGCGUCCUCCCGCUCAGCACCUCAUACAGCCCCGCAGGAUCUCAGCAGCUCCUGGUCUCUUCCCCACCUUCCCCUACAGUCCCGGCACAAACCCAGCUUCCCCCCAAGGGACUGGAGAGCUAUGAAGACCUGUCGAGAUCGGCAGAAGAGCCCUUGAAUCUGGAGGGCCUGGUGGCCCACAGGGUGGCAGGGGUGCAGUCUCGGGAGAAGCCCCCGGAUGAGAGCGCCAUCCCUGCCCGCAAGCGGCCCCCCAGCGAGAGCCACUAUGAGAAGAGCUCACCGGAGCCCAGCUCGCCGCGCAGCCCCACGGUCCGCUCGCCUGUGCACAGCGUCUCGCCCGAGGUGGUCAGCACCAUCGCGGCCAACCCCGGAGGGAGGCCCAAAGAGCCUCACCUCCACAGCUACAAGGAAGCCUUUGAGGAGAUGGAGGGUGCCUCCCCCACCAGCCCACCCCCCAGCGGCGUGCGUUCUCCCCCUGGCCUGGCCAAGACUCCUCUGUCAGCACUGGGGCUGAAACCCCAUAACCCAGCUGAGAUCCUGCUGCACCCAGUGGGAGAGCUAGAAGGGGAGGCAGGAGUUGACUCUGGCGAAGAGCCCAGGAGCUACGUUGAGUCGGUGGCACGGACGGCCACGACGGGCAGGGGAGGCAGCCUGCCAGCUGCCCAGCCAGGAGCCACAGAGGUGCCUGCCAGGAAUGGUGCCUUCUCCAACUCCUUCACUGCCCCCAGCCCCAUCUCCACCAGCAGCCCCAUUCACAGCUUGGACGGCUGGAGUCUCCCUCCCCCCGCCUCUCUGCCCCCCUGGCUUCCCCUCUUCUUCGCCAGUGAAGAUAUUAAUACUUCUGGAUAUCAGCUGGCCAUGCUCCACUGCAGGCAGGAGCUGCUAAAAACGCGUACAAAGUUGUAUAUACAGCAUCUCUUGACUUUGUUUCUUUUCUUCUCCCCUUUCCUUCCUCCAGACAUCAGCCCCGAGACUCGUGCCAGUGUCAAGUUUGUCCAGGACACUUCCAAGUACUGGUACAAACCGGAGAUCUCCAGGGAGCAGGCCAUCACGUUGCUGAAGGACAGGGAGCCGGGGGCUUUCAUUAUCCGUGACAGCCACUCCUUCCGGGGAGCCUACGGCCUUGCCAUGAAAGUAGCGUCUCCACCUCCCACGGUCAUGCAGCAGAACAAGAAAGGAGACAUCACCAAUGAACUGGUGAGGCACUUCCUCAUCGAGACCAGCCCGCGAGGUGUGAAACUAAAAGGAUGCCCCAAUGAGCCCAAUUUUGGGUGCCUCUCAGCUCUGGUGUACCAGCACUCCAUCAUGCCCUUGGCCCUGCCCUGCAAGCUGGUCAUUCCUGACCGGGAUCCCACUGAGGAAAAGAAAGAUGCGGCAUCGGCCACCAACUCUGCCACGGACCUCCUCAAACAGGGUGCGGCCUGCAAUGUCCUCUUCAUCAACUCGGUGGAGAUGGAGUCGCUCACGGGCCCCCAGGCCAUUGCGAAAGCUGUCUCCGAGACGCUGGUCGCUGACCCCACGCCCACUGCUACUAUCGUCCACUUCAAAGUCUCCGCUCAAGGCAUCACCUUAACAGACAACCAGAGGAAAUUAUUCUUCCGACGACACUACCCCCUCAACACCGUGACCUUCUGUGACCUGGACCCCCAGGAAAGAAAGUGGACUAAAACUGAUGGCAGUGGCCCAGCCAAGCUCUUUGGCUUUGUGGCCAGGAAGCAAGGGAGCACCACGGACAACGUUUGCCACCUCUUUGCCGAGAUGGAUCCGGACCAGCCAGCUGCAGCCAUUGUCAACUUUGUCUCCAGGGUCAUGCUUGGCUCCGGCCAGAAAAGAUGAGCUGGCGCUUGCGGGUGAUUCUUGAAUUUUGGAGAAGGACUUGGAGCUGAUCCAAGAAGGAGUGCAAGGAAGUGCAUUGUGGGAGAGGGAAGUGAAUCGGGAGGGGGAAAGGGUUGGAAUUUUGGAGGAAAACAGCAAACAACAAAAAAAAACCCAACAAAACCCCUAAAAACUCAACACAAGCCAAACACACACAUAGAGGAAUCAAAACCACGCACCUAUGUAACAGAGCCACAGAGUCACGCCAAACGAGGAAAGGAUGUGGAUGCAUGUCCCAUCGCAGGGAAGGUGACCAAAGCAAAGCCAGCAGCGAGAGGUGUGUUCCCAGCUUUUGACGUUGCGAUCCUGAGUCUGGACCAAGUGGUGAUGUUCGCUCUGGAUUGAAUGCGAGAUCAUGACUAGCAUGUGCCAUCUGGAAAAAAGAGGCCACCAUCAAAACCUACAAGAGAAGCUCCAUCCUGACAGCUCCUUUUGCAAACAUCUAUUGCGUGUUUGAAACAACCCAUAGGAAAUAAAAUCCUGCCAGAACGUAAGCCAGGUCUACAGGACAACGGAGGAGAUGCCCUUGGAAACUUUCCCUUGCCCAGCUGUGGCAGAGGGGCCUUGCGGGCCCUUGUGCUUCUCCCCAAAUUUGCUUGCUGCCUGGUGACUUGCUGGGGACACACAAGGCCUUGGUCUCGAAUCCUCCCGUCCCCUGGGAGUUCACUUGAACUGAUUUCGGUUGCUGGCCCAGAGCCCGGUCAAAGUCCAGGACUGGUCACAGGUGAGCAGUAUGAGUCCACCCGGAGAGGGGGAAUUGCAGCAUUUCCACGCACCUCCCCAGGUGUGCUUGCACUCAGCCACGCACCCACUGCGUGUGUCUGGAGGCUCUGGCCACCCCAUGCCUUGGAGAAGGCAAACGCACACCGGGAACCUUCUGAGUUGAUCUAGAGUCACCUCCUGUCCUGCCUUCCCUUUUUCCCUCCCAUCACUAGACCUCUUUGGCAAUUUUCUCCUGCGGCCUGUCACAUUGUUCUCUUAACAAAAAGAAAAGGAAAGAAAAAUAUUGUAAUAAUAAUAAUAAUAAUAAUAAUAGUGGAUGCUGGCACAGGUGGGUUUUCUAUGCAAAGCAAUGGACCCCUGGCUAGCGCUAUCUCUCUCUUCCAAGAUGUGCAAGCGGUUUUUAAAUUGCAUGGACGUUCAGUUGCACGAAAGGCGAAUGACUACAAGUAACUCAGGCGCUUUUUACAUUUUAUUUUGGAGGCCACAUUAAAAAAAGAAGGAAGACAAUUAAGAAAAAAAAAAGACUUGCAGUCACUGGGCAGCUUUGGCUCAGUGAGGCAGUAACAGGUCCUCCGAGAGCCAGCCUGCUCGGCCUGUGCGCCCCCCUGUAGUUGGCCCACUGGAGGCUUGCAUCUCCGAAAAUACCAUUGUUUUGCAGCAAAUUAAGUGCCGUCGGCUUUUCCCCUUGCUUUAGGAGGUUUGUGUGAGGUGAGCAGGGGUGAAGGGCGAGCAGAGCCAUCAGCCCGAGCUGCGGUGCUGGGUCUGGCGGUGGGGGAGCAAGUGGAGGUCCCCAGCCCCUUCAUGGUGCCUGGUGGGGUCCAGCUGGCAGUGGGGAUACAAGGGCAUAGAGCACCCUAGUCACAUGUGCAGGUCUGGGGGCAAGAAGAAUGGUCUGGAUGGAGCCACUGAGUUAAUGAAAACAAGGGCUGAACCCCUUCCUAUGAAUAUCCCCUGCUUUGAAGCCCCUCAAGCCAAACUGGGACAGCUGUGCCACCAGCAUCCCAACCUCCUGGCACACUGCAGUGGGGGCUGCAGAUGCAGCGACCUGACAGACGGGCUCUGCACGGGGGCAGGAGCCAGGCAGAUGCAAAAGCCAAGAGCUGCUUCGGAGAAAUUUUCAGUGCAAAGUGGCCUAGAUAGAUAGGCUGUUGGGGGCAAAAAUUCGAAACAGUACCACAGCUCCCCAGAGUUCCCCCUUGCCUCCUUCAGACCGCCCCGGCCUUGAUAGCUAUAAUAUAUAUAUAUGAGCUAUACUGACAAAAUAUUGUAAGCUAAUGAAAUUUUAAGGAGGAAAAAAGGUUAAAUUUACACUCCAAAAAAUAUUUAUUUUUGCCCUAUUGCUUUCCGUGCAUUGUAUCUCCCCCAUUAUAUCUGCCUCCCCUCCUUUCUCUGCCCCGGGGGAACACCUGCACCUUGCGAAAAAAUCAAGAGCAGGGAAAACACUAGUGGGGCAAAGCCGUGGCUCUCAAGUCGAGGAGGGCGACGUUGGCCCUUCCCGGGUGUGUGGCCCUCUGAGUCCCCCCCUUUCCCCUUUCAGCUCCCCCUGACCUGCUACCGCCGGGAGCUGCAGAGCACGUGAGCGGCGAGCACGGCGGGCGGGCAUGCGUGUGACCGCGAGCGUGUGCGUGUGCAUGUGCGUGUGCGUGUGCGAGAGAGCGAGCGAGCGAGCGGCGUGGGCGCGCGGAGGGGGCUUUCAUUGCUGGAGAUUUGUUAUAAGGCGUUGGAUAUGGAGCGGGGAGUUGGCUGCGAGA